AUGAAAACCACCGGAUAUGAUAUGAUCGGCGAUCCUGCAUUAUAUUACGCUGUUUCUGCGAACAAGGUCACCAAGAACGGGAAAGUUGCAGGGUACAACUGCAUCGGCAAACACAUGGAGGCAGCAUAUUGCUGCUACCCGGGUUCGAUAACAAUGAAAACCGAGAUACUCAGCGGGGAUGUGUCCUUCAACUGCUACAUGCAUCCCACUCACCACGAGUAG